AGCUAAAGAUAAAAAGACAGGAAGAAUCGUGGCACUCAAGCAAGUACGUCUAGAUUCACCAUCUAUCGGAGACAAAGAAGGAAUUCCACCCACUUCACUUCGAGAAAUUUCUCUGCUAAAGGAAUGCACGAAACAUGAAAAUAUUGUAAAGGAUUUAAAACCUCAAAAUCUAUUAAUUGAUCAAGAAGAAAAUCUUAAACUAGCAGAUUUUGGGUUGGCCAGAGCCGUUGGUAUUCCUUUGAGACCUUAUACACAUGAGGUAUCAUUUAGUUUAAAAUCUUUUUAA